AUGAAGUCUCUUCUUCUCGCUCUGUUGGUUUUUGUUUCGGCUGCUGCUGCUGCUGCGUCGGCCGUCGACGUCCCUCUCGUCCCUUGCCAGACGCCCGAAGGCCGUGGAAUCUGCCAGGUCACCGGUCGGUGCUUCGGAACCUCCAAAUGGUAUCUAUCUCCUCGCUCUGGCUCUGCCGGUGGAAUGGAAUCGGAUACUGACAGCUGUAGGCACCCCAGCUGCCCCAUCACCGGCCGCUGCUGCAUCAGCCCUCUGGCCAGACGAGAAGAACCAGAUGAAUGCUCGUCGCCAGCCCCGAAUUCGUGCAGUUUCUACUCGGCGUGUCUCGAGAAAGGGAUCCCCUGUGGGCCGGACGGCUACGCUCUCGCUUAUGGAGACCGCUACUGCAACCGCUUCUCAGCCGCAAGCCCACAGCUCUCCGCCAGCGGCCAGGAAUGGGUCACCAAGACGAUGCUCUGCCUGCAACAGAAACUGGUGCCUGUGGCCCUGGGGAAAGAUGAGCAGGUCUCGACCUGUCCGGCUGUGAGGGAGUUUGCCUUCUCGACACACCCGGAGUGUUACAUCCAGGGGGGUGUCUGUCUGCUGGCCCCGACGGACUGGCUGGUCAUCGUGGGCACGGUUGGCUUUACGGAGCUGUUUGAUAGCGUCGAGGCCCUGGCUACCACGCUGAAGACCGUCAAGGGCUGUCUCGACUUUUAUCUCUGGCUCAUCAGGAACAACUUCAUCCAUCAGCCGUUGGACUUAAACUCGGUCCAAUCCAACUAG